UCUCUCUCGCUCAUUGUCACAUAAACACAGCUCUUUCAGACCUCCACUCAUGGGCUCACUCAGUCAGAGCUGGAAAGAACACUUGUCCUGAGGAGACUGGGGGAUCUAGAAAUCUAUUUUCCCAAAAAGGCAUCCGAUGAGUCCCUACUAGGGCUAAAUGGAAGCAUAAUAUAGAAGCACAGACUACUGACAGGAAGCAACCCAUCUCAGUGCAAUGGAUCAACUUUACAGUGGCGAGGUCAAGUUCAGGCCAGAUGCUGAUGUGGCCCAUCCUGCACCAAGCACCCUGACCAGAGGACAGUGGGCCAGCAAAAUUGAGUUCCUCUUGGCUGUUGCAGGACAAAUUGUAGGUCUGGGAAAUGUGUGGAGGUUUCCUUACCUUUGCUACAAAAACGGAGGAGGGGUGUUCUUCAUUCCUUAUAUUGUCUUCCUCUUCACAUGUGGCAUCCCCCUGUUUUUUAUGGAGAUAUCACUGGGCCAGUACACUAAACAGGGAAGUAUAACCUGCUGGAGGAAGAUUUGUCCCCUUUUUGAAGGGAUUGGUUAUGGCAAUCAAGUGGUUGUAUUAUACUCCAGUAUCUAUUAUGUGAUCAUACUGGCCUGGGCUUUCUUGUAUCUCUUCUCCUCCUUCAACUCUGAAGUGCCCUGGGGAAGUUGCAGAAAUAGCUGGAACACAGAGACCUGUGUGGAGUUCGAUCAAACAGCUAAUUAUGUCAACUGGACGGUACCUGCAAAUGCAACUUCCCCAGUCAGAGAAUUUUGGGAGAGAAGAGUUCUGAAUAGCACAGGAAACAUCCAGGAGAUGGGCCAUAUACGAUGGGAGUUGGCUUUGUGUCUUCUGUUGUCCUGGGUCAUCUGUUACUUUUGUGUUUGGAAAGGAGUAAAGUCCACUGGGAAGGUAGUUUACUUUACUGCCACAUUUCCCUAUUUGAUGCUGGCAGUGUUGCUUGUCCGAGGACUCACAUUGCCCGGGGCCUUAGAUGGGAUCAAGUUCUACCUCUACCCAGACCCCUCCCGCCUCACUGAUCCACAGGUAUGGAUGGAUGCUGGAACGCAAAUAUUUUAUUCCUAUGCUCUUUGCAUUGGGUGUCUAACUGCACUCGGCAGUUAUAAUAAAUACAACAAUGACUGUUUCAAGGACUGUUUUUACUUGUGCCUUCUGAACAGUGGCACCAGCUUUGUAGCUGGCUUCGCCAUCUUCUCUGUGCUUGGAUUCAUGGCAUAUGAGCAGCACAUUGACAUAUCUAAAGUGGCAGAGUCAGGUCCUGGCUUGGCAUUUAUUGCAUACCCUCGAGCAGUCACCAUGAUGCCGUUUCCCCAAAUUUGGGCAAUAUUAUUUUUCGUUAUGAUUAUUCUGCUGGGACUGGACAGUGAGUUUGUAGGUCUGGAAGCUAUGACAACAGCAAUUUCAGACACGAAUCCUUCCUUCUUCCAUGUUGGCCAUCGACGCAAACUCCUUCUACUUGCUAUCAGUGUCAUUAGUUUCUUCAUUGGCCUUUCAAUGGUUACAGAUGGUGGAAUUUACAUCUUCCAGUUGUUUGACUACUAUGCCUGCAGUGGGAUGACUCUUCUACUCUUUGCCACACUGCAGUCUGUGUGUAUUGGAUGGGUUUAUGGUGCGGACCGGUUUUAUGACAACGUAGAAGAGAUGAUUGGAUACAAGCCUUUUCCUGUGAUUAAGCAUUGCUUGAAAUAUGUCACUCCAGUCAUAUGCAUGGGAACGUUUGUUUUCUCCUUGAUCAAAUACACUCCUCUGAAGUUCAACAAUAUCAUUGAGUAUCCAUGGUGGGGUUAUGCUCUUGGCUGGUGGUUCACUCUUUCCUCUACACUCAUGGUUCCUCUCUGGAUGCUGUACAAUCUGUACAAAACCCCCGGUACACUCCGGCAGAGGGUCUCCACCUUGUGUACUCCAGCAAAAGAUCUUCCAUCGAACAAAUCGGAGAAGAAAGCUCUUGAACUGAUCGACUUGACCUCAUAUCCUGAUAGCAUCAUGUCCUAGUGACCACAGGCAAACUGGAGGAGAUUCAUAUUCUUUAUCACUUGGCGAAAAAUGAAAGCUUGCCCUCAGACUCAAACUCAUUUUAAAGCAGCACUUCCCAACCUAUUAUGGUGUUUGACCGCUUUAAACAAAGCAAUACAUUUUGACUGUCACAGGUUACACCAAAGAAUACGUUAUAAAGCUUGAAAUGCCUGACGGCUACCCAAAAAAAGUGAGAAUAAAAGAAAACAAGAAUCUUCUUUAUGUUAAUGAUAAACUUCUGAUCCUGCAGGAUUAAUUUGUACGGAAGCCCUAAGUGGACACACACCAAUAGAGUUUAUUUACCUCCAUUUUCCCAUGAUAACAAGUAUUGUGGUUGUUUUCGCGAGAUCUCGACUUACUUAUCUCGUUAUCUGGGGAUGAGAAUGUUGGUUUUCAUGUGAUAGUGGUUUAUUUUCAGCCAUUUUCUAAAGUUCUUAAGAAAUUAACUUGUUAUCAUGGGGAAACCAGCGUUGUUAUCCCGAGAUAUUUGUGUUUGAAUUAUAGCAACAGAUAUACGCUCGCCAAAUAAGCCAUACAGAUCGACCACUUGAGUCAGUUUUAGGUCACUGUCAAUGACAUAUUUGUGUCAGACUAAGUUCUAUGAAAAUGAAGUAGCCAAAUGACUUGAAAGUUGAAUCCUCUGAUAUGGGUCCUUUUCAAACCCUGCUGCACCUUAGCCAACUUAGCCACAAGGCCAUUCCCAGCACCACAGUGUUUCUGUUAUUUUAUAAACGGGCAUGUACUGUACCUGCCUCACAGGAAGGAAACAAAAAGACACUAACUGGUGUGUGUGUCAACUGUUAAUGCCAGCUUUCAGAUUGUGGUGAUGGAAGCAAUGAAUGAUAAUGAGGCACCAACUUGUUGGCCAAAACAAUUUAUGUUUUUUUCAACAAUAAUAUAGAAUAAACAUUUGUAUAAAUGUUUAUACAUUUUUAAACAUUUUUUUAGUCUCAAUUUUUGUAGCUGAAAAUCAUGUAGCCAAUUUGCUGAUUAAUGUUUUCAUCAUUUUGUACAUUUUUUGUAUGAUAUAUAACUGUAGGUCCAACAGCUCAUACAUGAUGCAUGAUAUUUUAUAGGUUUAAGAAUCCAUCUGUGACUUUUUUUUAAAGAGGAUCUAUUUUCAGAAGAAGAAAUUGUAUACAUUCAUGUUAAACUUUUUACAUUUUCUAUGAUCCAUUGUUAUUAUGUAAAUACCUUUUGGAUGAGAAAUUGACGAUGUCAAGAAUGUAAGAGUGACUGAAUGACUCUUACAAUUGUUUCAGAAUAUGUAGUUACAUUAUUAAUGAAUGAAUUGAUCCAUUAAUUAAACCAUUAACUUUCAAUGUCAUUUUACCAUGUGCCAUUCUUUAAUUAUCCAUCAAAUUUGUUAACAUGAUUGAAUAAAGUUGACGAUCAUUAAUGAUU